AUGAUCAAUAUAACGAUCUCAUCUCAACUAUGUGACAUCUUCGCCGGUCUCUGCCAGGUGAUUGUCAUGAUACCAAAUGGGGCACUUUACAGCAUUACGAGAUGGGCAAUGCCACCACAAGUUGUACUGGUUUUGUUGUUCAUCUUCUUGUUACUCGUCAACAAUCUGGGCAUGACUUUGGAGUUUUCAGCAAUUCAUAAAGUAAAACUAACCACAAUUCCAAACGGAAAACUCGCUUUCUAUCUCUACAUCAAAGGAAUUGUGGUCAGUGUGGCUAAUAUUAUUGGAAUCUUUUUUGUCAUCGGAUCUUCAUUGUACUAUCAAGAAAUUUGCAUGGGAACUUAUCAACAGUGUCAGGAGACAAUCGAAAUGCAACGAUACUUUUUGCUUAUUUUUUUGUUACAGGCACUCGACGUGUUCAUUUGCAUCAUUCUACCCUGCGCAUUGCUGGCUCUAGCAAUUCUUGGUUUCAAUUUUCUCCCGGAGUCAUUGAUUUCUUCACCAUCGAUCUUUUUGUAUUUGCAUUCUGCAUCGAAUUCUGUAAUCUUGAUUUUAUCGACUGAAUCCUAUCGAAAUACCGUCAAGAGGUGGUUCUCGAACUUGACAAUCGGGACGUGCAAUUGGUCAUGUAAAAGACGAAAAAAUGGGAUCCUCGUUGCUUGGCCUCUCAGCUCUACACCUCAUCAAAAUGAAUCAACGAAUGGC